CUCUCUUCUCUUUGCACAAAACCUCUCAACAUGGGUCGCAUGCACACUCCUGGCAAGGGCAUCUCGUCCUCUGCCCUCCCCUACCGCCGCUCGGUCCCCGCUUGGUUCAAGACCUCGCCCGAGGAGGUUAAGGAGCAAAUCUACAAGCUCGCCAAGAAGGGCCUGACCCCCUCGCAGAUCGGUGUCAUCCUCCGUGACUCGCACGGUGUUGGCCAGACUCGCUUUGUCACCGGCAACAAGGUGCUCCGCAUCCUCAAGGCUAAGGGCCUCGCCCCCAAGAUCCCCGAGGAUCUGUACCACCUGAUCAAGAAGGCCGUCUCCGUCCGCAAGCACCUCGAGAAGAACCGCAAGGACACUGACAGCAAGUACCGCCUCAUUCUCAUCGAGUCGCGCAUCCACCGUCUUGCCCGCUACUACAAGCGCGUCCUCCAGCUCCCCCCGAACUGGAAGUACGAGUCGGCCACCGCCUCUACCCUUGUCGCUUAAAUUUCCCAACCCCAGUCCCCUUAGCGAACGUCCGUUUUGUUUUUGUCUGGUGUUGUCUUGACAAGUGUGUGUGUGAUCCCCCUCCCAAUUUUGUAAAGGCAUACAGACACAAAGAAAGAAAAAAAAAAAGAACGAGCAACAGACCAG